GAAAAGAAUUUCCUUGACUGUUAUUAUAACAGAACAGAACCUUUAAAAGUGUCAAUCCGUGAAUAAAAAAACAAUAAUUUCGGAUAUACAUUAUAGUGUGUAUAUAGUAGUAUAUUUAUGUAAAUAAAGCAAGCAAAUUAAAUAUGAUCGAGUCUAAAGGCAAAAGUGAUGGGGAAUAUAAUCCUUUCGAACACAGGAAUAUUAAAAAUCCGAACACGGAUAUAAGAUCUCUAGCGAAUUUGUUGAAAUCAUCACUCGGAACGGGUAUUCUUGCGAUACCCUUAGCGUUCGCCAGUUCUGGAUGGGCCCUCGGGAUCGUAGGAACUAUAAUCAUCGCGUUUGUUUGUGGACACUGCGUUCAUAUAUUUGUAAUGACAUCCAGAGGGUGCUGCAAGGUGGAAAGGAAACCUUUGCUCAGUUAUUCCGCCACUUGCAAAGCAGCGUUUGCUAAUGGACCAAAGGCUACCCGGCCUUUGGCUACGACAGCAUUUUUAUUUGCAGAGUUUUCUUUAUUCUUCACUUAUAUCGGAGUAUGUUGUAUUUUCACUGUACUAAUAGCAGAUUCUAUAAAACAGUUAUUCGACAGGUAUGUAACAACGACAAAUAUAUCCGUAGAAUACUACUGUCUAUUCAUACUCGUGCCGCUCAGUCUGAUGGUUCAGAUUAGACAUUUGAAGUGGCUAGCGCCUUUUUCUCUAUUAGCAAAUAUUCUGCUCAUCGCCACAUUUGCUAUAUGUCUGUACUAUAUAUUCAGAGAUGAAUUGAACUUUUCCGAUAAAAAACCAGUCGGAGACCCUGCAAGAUUCCCCGCGUAUUUGUCGACUGUCAUAUUUGCAAUGGAGGGAAUAGGAGUGGUGAUGCCGGUUGAGAACAUGAUGAAGAACCCUAAGAACUUCACCAAAAUCCUUACCAUAGCCAUGGCAACUAUCUUGAUACUUUAUAGCGCUUUGGGGCUUUUCGGUUACUUUAGAUAUGGCGACGUGCUUAGAGGAUCUAUUACUCUUAAUCUUCCUAUAGAUGACUGGCCGGCCAUAUGCGCCAAGUCUUUCAUUGCGCUGUCAAUUUUUUUAACAUAUCCUCUACAUUUUUUCGUCGUGCUGGAUAUUUUUACGAGACACGUAGAGCCACAAAUACAGAAGAAAUAUCGAAGCAUUUCACAAGUGGUGGUCAGAAUCGCAUGCGUUUGGGUUUGCGGUGGAAUUGGUAUAGCCCUGCCCAUGCUCGAACAAAUCAUUAACUUUGUCGGCGCUUUAUUCUACUCGAUUCUCGGUCUCAUUAUCCCAGGAGUAGUAGAGACGGUGUUUCGAUGGGAUAACCUGGGCAAAUACAACUGGAUACUUUGGAAAAAUAUUGUAAUCGUUCUCUUUGGAAUGUGCUGUUUAUUAUCCGGCUGUUCGGUAACGAUUAUGGAUAUAAUAGAUAAAUUACACAACAAAACAGAAUAAAUGAUAAUCACAAUAUGUUUUUGAUUA